GUGGAGCAAGGAGCUGAGUGCACCUCCAUCCGUGCCCCUCCGCAGGAUUGUCAACCUCCAAGUGGGACUGGGAGACCUUUCAGAAUGACAGCUGAUCCCCAGACUACAGAGAUUCCGGUUCUCCUGGAGAAAAGGGCUGCUUCAGAGGGCAUGGAAACCAAAUAAUUAAGCAGCAGGAUGGAAGGCAAAGGACCUUAUCGCAUCUAUGACCCCGGUGGGGGAACACAUGAAAAAGCAGCUGCUGCCUUUGAUCGAUUGGUGGAGGAGAAUUCUAGGCUGAGGGAAAAGAUGCAAGGGAUAAAGUCACUAGGUAACGGGGAACUACUGGAAGAGUCUCAGUUGGAAGCAUCAAGACUACGACAGAAGGUGGAGUGUUUAGUGAACGACAAUGAAAUGCUGAGAUCUGCUUCCUCUCUGGACAAACUUGCUGAAAGAGCAGGAGGCAGCCCAGAUAUUUGCUCAUCUCCAGUAGUUCUAGGAGAAGAUCUGAAGGACCUGGCACAAGGCACGCAGAGACCACCUUCCAGUGGGUCAUCAUCUGAAUUUGAAAUUGUUGGUGCUGAAGAUAAGAAAUCUUCCCAUGAGAGCAGUAAGAAAUCAGACUUAGAGCCAUUUCAUAACGAGGACGCCAACCUCAUUCUCCACCUUCAGCGUCUGGAGAACACUCUCAGCCUUUUUGCUGAGGAAUCAGAUAAAAACCAGCUCUUUGCUCACCUGGGUCGGAUGGCCCUGGAAUUCAACCGUCUGUCAUCCAAGGUGCACAAGAAUGAACAGAGGACAUCCAUUCUUCAGGUCCGAGGGCUUCUGGCACUGUGUGAGCAGUUGCGAAAUGAGAAUGAAGAGUUGAGAGCAAAGCUGGAGAAGGAACUGGAGCAAAGAAACCAAGUUUCAGAGAAGUUGAGGUGUGAGAAUCUGGAACUGAGAAAAAUGGUGAUGAUGGACAGCAAAGAAGAAAUGAAGGUGGAAGGCACAGAAAAUGUAGUACAACAGCAGAAAGAAAUCGUUUCAGAGAAAGCAGGAGGAAAAAUCCCUUUGGGGACCAGUGAGAAGAAAGUGAAGAUACUCGAGCACCAGCGCAAUGAGCUGCUGGAAGUGAAUAAGCAGUGGGACCAGCAUUUCCGAUUCAUGAAGCAGCAGUAUGAGCAGAAGAUAACAGAGCUACGGGAAAAGCUUGCCGACUCCCAGAAAGCAGUAGUGGACUUAGAGGCCAAGAGGGAACAGAAACAGCGGGACUUUGAUCGUAAGCUUCUCUUGGCAAAGUCCAAGAUUGAAGAGGAGGAGGUGGAAAAGGAGAGGUACAGUGCAGAAGUGAAAGACCUCAAGCUGCAGGUGAAGUUACUGCAGGAUCAGCUGGUUCCAGUCACCAGGCAAAAGGAGUACCAAAAGGAGAUUGUUCGGCUAAACAAGGCUCUAGAAGAGGCUCUGAAUGUCCAAGCGUCUGCACCUUCUGCCUCCAAGAAUCCAGUUGAAUUCAGUCUGGAUAUCCGACAGCAGGAAGUGAUGACACAGAAUGAGCUCCUGAAGCAGCAGGUAAAGAUCUUCGAGGAAGAUUUCCAGCGGGAACGAAGUGACCGGGAGAGGAUGAAUGAGGAGAAAGAGGAGCUCAAGCAGCAGCUGGAGAAGCUUCAGAAGCAGUUAACACACACCAGCAACCAGUUGCAGAUCUCUAAAGAGGAGUGCCAGAAAGAGAAGGAGGAGAAGGACAAGUUAAAGAAACUGCUCAAGCAGCACAAGCAGCAUUCUGGAGACAGAUUGCAGCCAGAGCCACAGCCUGGACCAGUGGCCCCAGUCUACCCCAUGUACCAGUACCCAUGUAUCCCUGCAGUCCCACCACAUGUGUACCAUGGUUACGAGGACUGGCAGCAGAUCCGCUACCCACCAUCAACAAUAGCAAAUGAACGCCCUCCUGUUCAGAAUUUCCACCGUUUCCCUCCUCCGGAAUAUACAUGGGGGCCACCAUGCGUCAUAUCACAAAAUCAGAAUUCACCCACAGUGGACAGUGCAAAACAUCUCAUCAAGGAAUCUGAUCCCACAGGGCUGCCCAAAAACCAAAGGCCUACUUAACUCUCUGGCGAUGGGAGGUAGCCUCAGAAGUGGACUUUGCAACGUGAAUGUGAGCCUGCAUACACAGAUGGCCUCCUUAUGCUUCUGGACACAGAUCACUGUGUAUCUGAAAUAUACACUCUUGGGACAACAGCCUCUUCAGCUGGAUUGUCUGAAGACCUACAGCAUGGGCUGCUAAAGAGUGGUCUGGCUCAGUGCUUUGAGGAAGUUGCUGGUCAAGAAGCCUACCUGCCCUGCUUUUCUCCAGUGUUUUGGAGCAAGAACUUGCCAUGCAUCAAGGAUUGAAUUGCAAAAGAGUGGCUAGCAUACUCUAGCAGCAAAUGGUGGGAGUACUCUGUAUCAGCAGAGCCUAAUUUUAGCUGAUUCCCUUGCAGUGUGAGGGUUUCAUAUUUAUGAUGUGGCAUUUGCAUUUAUUUACAGCAGAAAUGUUCAGUGUGCAAAAUGGCUUUUGCAGGAGAACUGUCCUUUAUUGUAGCUAGAGAUCCUGAAUUUUAUAAGGAAACAAAAAAAUGAAAUUAAAUCCCUGUUUUGUGUUUCAUUCAUGUUUCUAAUGUAUAGGAAUAAAAGUGAACGGUUUCUUUGACUAAUUUCUUUCUGAGAGCUUAUAGUGCAGUGGUUUUGCUGAGGUAAACAUGGUUUGAUUCUCCACUGAAGACUGCCGAUUUAAAUUAGUGAUUGUUCAUCUUCAGCGUCAAGCUGUUUGUACAGAUGUUGCAAAUGCCCUGCUUUUUCAGCAUGGCAGCUCCCACUGUCUGCCUUACUGGAGGUUCUGUUCCAGUCUCCUGAUUGCACAACAUGGGCCACAAUGAAGUAGCACAGGCGUUUCAAACCUCUGGCGUGCUGGAAUAGGCUAGCAGGUCCCUACUCCUUAGCUUCUCUCUUGUAUGGGGAUGAUCACUGUUGGAGACAGAGUUCAGGACUAUGUCAGACAUUAGCAAGGGGGAUCCUGGUUUUUAUUGAUAAAGUAAGUGCAAUAAUGGAGGGAGCUGAUCACUGGGCCCUGCAAACAGUUUCUCUGAAAAUGAAGGUGAGCAAGGUGGAGACAGGUACUACCUAAAGGUCUUUGUAGACAUUCAGCAUGUAAAAUCAGUGAGUAACCCAUUUUGGCUGCAACUAGGUACACUAACAAAUUCAGUCCUAGGACCCCUAUCCUGGGAGUAAGCCCCACUAGUUAGACUGAGUAGGAUUCUGCGUAGACCUGACCACUGGUUACAAGGGUCAAGAUCAGAAGCUUUGACCGUAACAAAACAGCUUAGCUAUGUUCAUGGGAGAACUUCCCACUGGAAUUCCACACACUAAGAAUCCCUCUCCAUCCUGCUCAUCAUCCAGGCUGGUUACUCCUGUAAACCAAAAGUGUGCUUGUGUGAGGUGGAAAGUUUAGGAACAAGGGAGGGGUUCCUUUACAAUGCACCUGAGUGGAAGAGGAACAACAGGAAAGUGGCAGGUUGUCAAGAAAGAGGAUUGAGUUAUUAAGGGAGGUGAGACACAGCAUGGGGAAUAAAGAGGACAUCAUGGAAUAUAUGAAAAGGCAUACAGGAAAUGGCUAGGUGGGAAUAAGGUGGUUAAAUCACAGACUGAAGAAACAUCCCAAGUGGGCAGAGAGAGAGAAGACUCCAGGCUGUACUUGUAAAGAACUUGCUCAACCAGGUUUCUGGUGCUUCCAUUUCCCAGUAUUGUGGUCCAUAAUGGUAUCUUUACUUCUAUGAAACUUAUAGUUACUAGUUUCCAUGACCUCUCCAAGGGGUCACUGUCCCCAAAUUAGUCAGUUAAACUGUUGUGAACUAUCUUCAGUAUGAAUAAUGAUUGGGAUGGUAUAAAAUGCCUAGUACACUUGACGAUAUUAGUGGGAAUGGUCAUAAAUUGAAACCAGUUUUUCUUUGAAACUAUUUUCUUUGAAACUAUUUUCUUUGAAACUAUUUAUUCCCAAAUAAACAGCCUGAAACUCUUCAGAGAAGCAGUCCCUUUUGGUAAUAACCAUGGAAGUAGUCCCCUUUCUCAUUAGUUUCAAAUAUAUAAUGAAAAAAAUAAUUUCCUAAGACGAAUGCAUUCAGCACUGAAAAUGUGUAUUCAGUGACAUUGUGUAAAUAUACUUGGACAAUGAGCUCACGUUAUCAGAAAGUAUUUUACAUAGUGGAUUGUACCAUAAAAACGGUGUGGGAAGGGAGAAAGAGUGUUGACUUUUCGUUGCCGGCAUCUCUCUGAAUUAAGACAACCUUUCCUAUACAUUUACAGUGAGUCUUGGUAUGCAUUGCAAUCGUGUUCUGACAUGGUAAUAUUUUUUUGUUAGCUAAUCUUCCUAUUUUGUGAAGUGUACAGCAGUACAUAGACAUGAGCACAUAAGACUUCUACUUAGUACCUCCUUUUGUACAUUUUAGGCAUUUUGUUUGAGCAAAAUGGUGUUAAUUAUAAAUAAUGGUUUGAUUUUAUCCUUUAAUAAAGUAUGUGUUUUUCCAUACCA